AUGUCCUCCGGAAACGCCCAGGGCUCUGUCCAAGAGAAGGCCCAAUACCACCUCUCGCAGCUCGACAAGGAGCUGUCUAAGUACCCAGCCCUCAACAACUUCGAGUCGCAGACCAGCGUCCCAAAAGUCUACGUCGUACUCGGACUCGGCGCACUCUACUUCUUCCUCGUCUUCUUUAACAUUGCCGGCGAGUUCCUGGUGAACACUGCUGGUUUCGCCAUCCCAGCCUACUACUCCCUCGAGGCCCUGUUCAGCAGCGGAAAGUCCGAUGACACACAAUGGCUCACCUACUGGGUCGUCUACGCCUUCCUGACUGUGCUUGAGUCGGCCAUCAACGCCGUCUACUGGUUCCCAUUCUACUACGUCUUCAAGUUCAUCCUUGUCCUCUGGAUGGCUCUCCCACAGACUGGCGGCGCCCAGAUCGUCUUCCGGUCGCUCCUCCAGCCCCUCUUCGCCCGCUUCUUCGAGCACGGCUCUUCCUCCGGUCUCCGCGAUGCUGCCGGCAAAAGCCAGUAA